ACCAACACGCCCGAUGAAACCAAACUGAAGAUGAUGCAGGAGGUCAGCGAGAACUUUGAGAAUGUAACGUCGUCGCCUCAGUACUCCACCUUCCUGGAACACAUCAUCCCUCGCUUCCUGACCUUCCUGCAGGACGGAGAGGUGCAGUUCCUGCAGGAAAAACCCACGCAGCAACUGAGGAAGUUGGUUCUGGAAAUUAUUCACCGKAUCCCAACCAAUGAGCAUCUUCGUCCUCACACCAAGAACAUUUUAUCGGUCAUGUUUCGCUUCCUGGAGAUCGAAAGUGAGGAGAACGUUCUGAUCUGCCUUCGAAUCAUUAUUGAGCUGCACAAACAGUUCCGGCCUCCCAUCUCGCAGGAGAUCCACCACUUCCUGGACUUUGUGAAGCAGAUUUACAAAGAUCUUCCAAAAGUCGUUGCCAGGUACUUUGAGAACCCGCAGGUGAUCGCUGAGAACACGGUUCCCUCUCCAGAGAUGGUGGGCAUGAUCACAUCCGUCCUGGUUAAGACGGCGCCGGAGAGAGAGGACAGCGAAACGCGAACGCACACCAUCAUCCCCCGCGGCUCGCUGUCCCUCAAGGUUCUGGCUGAACUGCCCAUCAUCGUGGUUCUGAUGUAUCAGCUCUACAAGCUGAACAUCCACAACGUGGUGUCAGAGUUCGUUCCCCUCAUCAUGAACACCAUCAUGCUGCAGGUGUCUCCUCAGGCCAGCUGCUUGGAGAUGGUGUCCUUCUGCUGGACGAUGGUCUCCCGGAGCUGCAUGACGGUGUUCCGCAGCUCCUCCUCCUGGCCGCCGGCACUCAGGUCCGGCAGUAAAGUCACCGGGCAGCCGGCGUCGCCGCUGACAGCCACUGCGCGGCAGAUGGACAGAACUCCGAACCCUGACCCAACAAACUCCGGAGCUUGUCUGCGUAAAAGCCGGUCCGCGGGGGUUCUUCCGGCGGCUCCUCAGCGCAGAGCCGUGGAGCAGCGGCCGGGAAUCCGAUCAAGUGUCAGGCUGCCGCUGAGAACCCGCUGGUGCUAUUUCUGGCGCAGAGAGCGCGCACAGCGUGGCGCUGGACACACAGCUCUGAGCGCCAAAGCGGAUUACCCACAAGGUUCCUCACUGCUGGGCAGCGAGAAGGAAACRGGAGAGCAGCUGCAGGCCGAGAAGGGGGAUGCAGAUGUAUUUUGUUUUUCUGCAGAGUUCAUUCCCUGCAUGGACAAACUGUUUGACGAGUCCAUCCUGAUCGGUUCUGGAUAUACGGCCCGGGAAACGCUCCGACCGCUGGCCUACAGCACCCUGGCCGACCUGGUGCACCACGUCCGCCAGAACCUGCCCCUCACCGACCUGUCGCUGGCAGUCCAGCUCUUCGCCAAGAACAUCGACGACGAGUCUCUGCCCAGCAACAUCCAGACCAUGUCCUGCAAGCUGCUGCUCAACCUGGUGGACUGCAUCCGCUCCAAGUCGGAGCAGGAGAACGGGAACGGCCGGGACAUCCUCAUGCGGAUGCUGGAGGUGUUUGUGCUGAAGUUUCACACCAUCGCCCGCUACCAGCUCGUCUCCAUCUUCAAGAAGUGCAAGCCUCAGUCGGAGAUGGGCGUGCCGCCGUCGGCCACGCCCUUCGACCGACCGGGGGAGAAGGAGGACAAACAGACUUUCCAGGUGUCGGACUGCCGCAGUCUGGUGAAGACCCUGGUGUGCGGAGUCAAGACCAUCACCUGGGGCAUCACUUCCUGCAAAGCCCCAGGAGAAGCUCAGUUCAUCCCCAACAAGCAGCUCCAGCCGAAGGAGACGCAGAUCUACAUCAAGCUGGUGAAGUACGCCAUGCAGGCCUUGGACAUCUACCAGGUCCAGGUUGCCAACAACCAGCAGACGUAUAUCCGGGUGGCCAACUGCCAGACGGUCCGCAUGAAGGAGGAGAAGGAAGUUCUGGAGCAUUUCGCUGGUGUCUUCACCAUGAUGAACCCACUGACCUUCAAGGAGAUCUUCCAGACCACCGUGCCCUACAUGGUGGAGAGGAUCUCCAAGAACUACGCCCUGCAGAUCGUGGCCAACUCCUUCCUGGCCAACCUGUCCACGUCGGCCCUCUUUGCCACCAUCUUGGUGGAGUAUCUCCUGGAGAGGCUGCCGGAGAUGGGCUCCAAUGUGGAGCUGUCCAACCUCUACCUGAAGCUCUUCAAGCUGGUGUUUGGCUCCGUCUCACUGUUUGCUGCUGAGAACGAGCAGAUGCUGAAGCCUCACCUGCAUAAGAUAGUGAACAGCUCCAUGGAGCUGGCCCAGUCCGCCAAGGAGCCCUACAACUACUUCCUGCUGCUACGCGCCCUGUUCCGCUCAAUCGGCGGCGGCAGCCACGACCUGCUCUACCAGGAGUUUCUCCCUCUGCUCCCCAACCUGCUGCAAGGCCUCAACAUGCUGCAGAGCGGCCUCCACAAGCAGCACAUGAAGGACCUGUUCGUGGAGCUGUGCCUGACGGUUCCGGUCCGCCUCAGCUCCUUGCUGCCCUACCUGCCCAUGCUGAUGGACCCCCUGGUGUCUGCGCUUAAUGGCUCCCAGACUCUGGUCAGCCAGGGCCUCCGCACCCUGGAGCUGUGUGUGGACAACCUGCAGCCCGACUUCCUGUACGACCACAUCCAGCCGGUCCGGGCCGAGCUCAUGCAGGUGAUGGUUUGGACCUGCUGGAGUCUACAGACUCAUCCGCCUCCGACAGAUGCGAUAGAGACGGCCCUGGACUGUCUGAAGAGCGCCAACACGGAGCCGUACUACAGGCGGCAGGCCUGGGAGGUCAUCAAGUGCUUCCUGGUGGCCAUGACCAGCCUGGACGACAACAAACACGCCCUGUACCAGCUGCUGUCCCACCCCAACUUCACUGAGAAGUGGAUUCCCAGCGUGAUCAUCUCCCAUCGCUACAAGGCCCAGGACACGCCGGCCCGCCGCACCUUUGAGCAGGCCCUGACCGGAGCCUUCAUGUCUGCCGUGAUCAAGGACUUGCGGCCCAGCGCGCUGCCCUUCGUCGCCAGCCUCAUCCGCCAUUACACCAUGGUGGCCGUGGCCCAGCAGUGCGGACCUUUCCUGCUGCCCUGCUACCAGCUGGGCAGCCAGCCCAGCACCGCCAUGUUCCACAGUGAGGAGAACGGGUCGAAGGGCAUGGACCCGCUGGUUCUGAUCGACGCCAUCGCCAUCUGCAUGGCGUACGAGGAGAAGGAGCUGUGUAAGAUCGGAGAGGUGGCUCUGGCCGUCAUCUUCGACGUGGCCAGCAUCAUCCUGGGCUCCAAGGAGCGGGCCUGCCAGCUGCCGCUGUUCUCCUACAUCGUGGAGCGCCUGUGCGCCUGCUGCUACGAGCAGGCCUGGUACGCCAAGCUGGGCGGCGUCGUGUCCAUCAAGUUCCUGAUGGAGCGGCUGCCUCUCAUCUGGGUUCUGCAGAACCAGCUCACCUUCCUCAAAGCGCUCCUCUUCGUCAUGAUGGACCUCACCGGAGAGGUGUCGAACGGAGCGGUCGCCAUGGCGAAGACCACCUUGGAGCAGCUGCUGGUGCGCUGCGCCACGCCGCUGAAGGACGAGGAGAAGACGGAGGAGCUGCUGGCCGCCCAGGAUAAAUCCUUCCACAUGGUGACCCACGACCUGGUGCGAGAGGUCACGUCCCCCAACUCCACCGUCAGGAAGCAGGCCAUGCACUCGCUGCAGGUCCUGGCCCAGGUCACCGGCAAGAGCGUGACGGUCAUCAUGGAGCCCCACAAGGAGGUUCUGCAGGACAUGGUUCCUCCCAAGAAGCACCUGCUCCGCCAUCAGCCGGCCAACGCCCAGAUCGGCCUGAUGGAGGGCAACACCUUCUGCACCACGCUGCAGCCGCGCCUCUUCACCAUGGACCUGAACGUCAUGGAGCACAAGGUCUUCUACACAGAGCUGCUGAACCUGUGUGAGGCAGAGGAUGCUGCUCUGAUGAAGCUGCCUUGCUACAAGAGCCUUCCCUCCCUGGUUCCUCUGCGGAUCGCUGCCCUCAAUGCUCUGGCCGCCUGCAACUACCUGCCUCAGUCCAGGGAGAAGAUCAUCGCUGCUCUGUUCAAAGCUCUCAACUCCACCAACAAUGAGCUGCAGGAGGCGGGGGAAGCCUGCAUGAGGAAGUUCCUGGAGGGAGCCACCAUCGAGGUGGACCAGAUCCACACUCACAUGCGCCCCCUGCUGAUGAUGCUGGGCGACUACCGCAGCCUGACGCUCAACGUGGUGAACCGCCUCACCUCCGUCACGCGCCUCUUCCCCAACUCCUUCAACGACAAGUUCUGCGACCAGAUGAUGCAACACCUGCGGAAGUGGAUGGAGGUGGUGGUGAUAACCCACAAGGGCGGCCAGCGCAGCGACGGCAGCCCUGCGUUGGAGGGGGUCGAGGAGAUGAAGAUCUGCUCGGCCAUCAUCAACCUCUUCCACCUGAUCCCGGCGGCGCCGCAGACGCUGGUCAAGCCUCUGCUGGAGGUGGUGAUGAAGACGGAGCGGGCCAUGCUGAUCGAGGCCGGCAGUCCCUUCAGAGAGCCUCUCAUCAAGUUCCUGACCCGCCAUCCGUCCCAGACGGUGGAGCUGUUCAUGAUGGAGGCGACGCUCAACGACCCACAGUGGAGCCGCAUGUUCAUGAGUUUCCUGAAGCACCGGGACGCCAAGCCGCUCAGAGACGUUUUGGCUUCCAACCCCAACCGCUUCGUCCCCCUGCUGGUUCCGGCCGGUACCGCGGCCACGGUCCGACCCGGUUCUCCCUCCACUGCCACAGCCAGACUGGACCUGCAGUUCCAGGCCAUUAAGAUCAUCAGCAUCAUCGUGAAGAACGACGAAGGCUGGCUGGCCGGCCAGCACUCUCUGGUCAGCCAGCUGCGCCGCGUCUGGGUCAGCGAGGCCUUCCAGGAACGGCACCGCAAAGACAACAUGGCCGCCACCAACUGGAAGGAGCCGAAGCUGCUGGCGUACUGCCUGCUGAGCUACUGCAAGAGGAACUACUCUGAGAUCGAGCUGCUGUUCCAGCUGGUGCGGGCGUUCACCGGCCGCUUCCUGUGCAACAUGACGUUCCUGAAGGAAUACAUGGAGGAGGAGAUUCCCCGGAACUACUCCAUCCCCCAGAAGCGCGCGCUGUUCUUCCGCUUCGUGGAGUUCAACGACCCGCACUUCAACGACGAGCUGAAAGCCAAGGUGCUGCAGCACAUCCUGAACCCGGCCUUCCUGCACAGCUUUGAGAAGGGGGAGGGCGAGCAGCUGCUGGGGCCCCCCAACCCUGAGGGGGACAAUCCCGAGAGCAUCACCAGCGUCUUCAUCACCAAGGUUCUGGACCCGGAGAAGCAGGCGGACCUGCUGGACUCGCUGCGGAUCUGCCUGCUGCAGUUCUCCACCCUGCUGGUGGAGCACGCCCCCCACCACAUCCACGACAACAACAAGUCCCGCAACAGCAAGCUGCGGCGCCUCAUGACCUUCGCCUGGCCCUGCCUGCUGCCCAAGGCCUGCGUCGACCCGGCCUGCAAGUACAGCGGCCACCUGCUGCUGGCUCACAUCAUCGCCAAGUUCGCCAUCCACAAGAAGAUCGUCCUGCAGGUGUUCCACAGCCUGCUGAAGGCCCACACCAUGGAGGCGCGCGCCAUCGUCCGCCAGGCCAUGGCCAUCCUGACGCCUGCCGUGCCGGCCCGCAUGGAGGACGGCCACCAGAUGCUGACCCACUGGACCCGCAAGAUCAUCGUGGAGGAGGGCCACACCGUGCCGCAGCUGGUCCACAUCCUGCACCUCAUAGUGCAGCACUUCAGGGUGUACUACCCGGUGCGCCACCACCUGGUGCAGCACAUGAUCAGCGCCAUGCAGCGGCUGGGCUUCACGCCCAGCGUCACCAUAGAGCAGAGGAAGCUGGCCGUGGACCUGGCUGAGGUCGUCAUCAAGUGGGAGCUGCAGAGGAUCAAAGACCAGCAGCCGGAGUCCGAGUCCGAAGCCACGGCCGGCGAGGGAACCAGCGGCGGCGCCGUGAAGAGGGGCCUGUCUCUGGAACCGGCCGGCACCGGGCAGGACGUCAAGCGGUUCCGGACCGCAGCCGGCGCCGCGUCCACGGUCCGUUUAGUUUCAUCUGUCCAGCCGUCUCCGCGCCGCUGCCGCCGUGACUUCCUGCUGCCGUCUCUCCGCUUCCUGACGCGCCUGUCUGCUUCCUGCCAGAUGCCCAACCUGCGGGAGAAAUCCGUCCUGCUGGUGAAGAUGAUGACCUACAUAGAGAAACGUUUCCCGGACGAGCUGGAGCUCAACGCUCACUUCCUGGACCUGGUCAACUACGUCUACAGAGACGAGAGCCUGUCAGGAAGUGACAUCACGUCCAAGCUGGAGCCGGCCUUCCUGUCGGGCCUGCGCUGCAGCCAGCCGGCCAUCCGGGCCAAGUUCUUUGAGGUUUUCGACGCGUCCAUGAAGCGGCGCGUCUACGAGCGACUGCUCUACAUCUGCUGCUCCCAGAACUGGGAGGCCAUGGGUGGCCACUUCUGGACCAAGCAGUGCAUCGAGCUGCUGCUGGCGGUGUGCGAGCGGCACACGGUGAUCGGAACCAGCUGCCAGGGCUCCAUGCUGCCCUCCAUCACCAACGUCAUCAACCUGGCCGACAGCCAYGACCGCGCUGCCUUCGCCAUGGCGACGCACGUGAAGCAGGAGCCUCGCGAGCGGGAGACCAGCGAGACCAAGGAGGAGGACGUGGAGAUCGACAUCGAGCUGGCGCCCGGCGACCAGUCGGCGCUGCCGAAGACGAAGGAGCAGGCGGAGCGAGACGCGGGGAACCAGCUGCACAUGCUCACCAACCGCCACGACAAGUUCCUGGACUCGCUGCGGGAGGUCAAGACCGGCGCCCUGCUGAACGCUCUGGUCCAGCUGUGCCACAUCUCCACUCCGCUGGCUGAACGGACCAUGGUGCAGCUGUUCCCCCGGCUCUGGAAGAUCCUGUCCGACCGCCAGCAGCAUGCCCUGUCUGGAGAGAUGAGCCCCUUCCUGUGCAGCGGCAGCCACCAGGCGCAGCGGGACUGCCAGCCCAGCGCGCUGCACUGCUUCGUGGAGGCCAUGUCCCAGUGCGUGCCCCCCAUCCCCAUCCGGCCCUGCGUGCUCAAGUACCUGGGGAAGACGCACAACCUGUGGCUGCGCUCCACCCUCAUGCUGGAGCAGCAGGCCUUCGAGAAGGGCCUCAGUCUGCACAGCAAGCCCAAGCAGAGCGCCGACUUCUACGAGCAGGAGAGCAUCACGCCGCCUCAGCAGGAGAUCCUGGACUCGCUGGCGGAGCUUUACUCGCUGCUGCAGGAGGAGGACAUGUGGGCCGGACUCUGGCAGAAGAGAUGCAAGUUUCCUGAGACGGCGACGGCCAUCGCCUACGAGCAGCACGGCUUCUUCGAGCAGGCCCAGGAGAGCUACGAGAAGGCCAUGGAGAAGGCCAGGAAGGAGCAUGAACGCAGCAACGUGUCUCCAGCCAUCUUCCCUGAGUACCAGCUGUGGGAGGAUCACUGGAUCCGCUGCUCCAAGGAGCUGAACCAGUGGGAGCCGCUGACCGAGUACGGCCAGUCCAAAGGCCACUGCAACCCCUACCUGGUGCUGGAAUGCGCCUGGAGGGUCUCCAACUGGAGCGCCAUGAAGGAGGCGCUGGUCCAGGUGAGCAGCAGGCCGCCAUGUCGGCUCCUGUGGGAAACCCCGAGGAUAAGCGCAGGGGCUGUGACUUCUGCUGGGCGUCCGACCCACGCUGCGAAGAGAUCAGGGCGACGCACACACAGUGACGAUGCGUUCAGGGACCCCGGGUCUCUGGAGCAUUCUCUUGACCGCCGUCUCUCUGCAGCCAUAGUGACGGCGUACGAGACGAACACGCAGCACGACCCCAACAACAACAACGCCAUGCUGGGCGUCCACGCCUCGGCGUCCGCCAUCAUCCAGUACGGGAAGAUCGCCAGGAAGCAGGGUCUGGUGAACGUGGCUCUKGACAUUCUGAGCCGCAUCCACACCAUCCCCACCGUUCCCAUCGUCGACUGCUUCCAGAAGAUCCGGCAGCAGGUCAAAUGCUACCUGCAGCUAGCCGGAGUCAUGGGCAAGAACGAAUGCAUGCAGGGCCUGGAGGUGAUCGAGUCGACCAACCUCAAGUAUUUCACCAAGGAGAUGACCGCCGAGUUCUACGCUCUGAAGGGCAUGUUCCUGGCCCAGAUCAACAAGUACGCCGCCGCCUCUUACUUCCUGUUUCCACAGGUCCACACCCCUCAGCUAACCUGCUGGCUUCCCGCUGAGCAGCAGCAGCAGCUCCUCCUCCUGCAGCUCGGCUCCACCCACCAGCCCUUAAAAACCCAAAAGAGUCCAAAUGUCCUCUGGCUGCUGAGCUUCGACGAUAAGAACACGCUGGCGGAUGCAGUGGACAAAUAUUGCAUCGGCGUUCCUCCCAUCCAAUGGCUGGCCUGGAUUCCUCAGCUGCUGACCUGCCUGGUGGGGUCAGAGGGCAAACCGCUGCUCAACCUCAUCAGCCAGGUGGGGCGCGUGUACCCGCAGGCCGUCUACUUCCCCAUCCGGACGCUCUACCUGACCCUGAAGAUCGAGCAGCGGGAGCGCUACAAGAGCGGUGAGUCNNNCAUCCGGGCCACGGCGCCGAUGUGGCGCUGCAGCCGCAUCAUGCACAUGCAGCGCGAGCUGCACCCGACGCUGCUGUCGUCUCUGGAGGGGAUCGUGGACCAGAUGGUUUGGUUCAGGGAGAACUGGCACGAGGAGGUGCUGCGGCAGCUGCAGCAGGGCCUAGCUAAAUGCUACUCCGUGGCGUUUGAGAAGAGCGGCGCCGUGUCGGACGCCAAGAUAACGCCUCACACGCUCAACUUUGUGAAGAAGUUGGUGAGCACGUUCGGCGUGGGCCUGGAGAACGUGUCCAACGUGUCCACCAUGUUCUCCAGCGCCGCUUCAGAGUCUCUGGCCCGCCGGGCCCAGGCCACUGCUCAGGACCCCGUCUUCCAGAAGAUGAAGGGCCAGUUCACCACAGACUUUGACUUCAGCGUUCCCGGCUCCAUGAAGCUCCACAACCUGAUCUCCAAGCUGAAGAAGUGGAUCAAGAUCCUGGAGGCCAAAACCAAGCAGCUUCCCAAGUUCUUCCUCAUCGAGGAGAAAUGUCGCUUCCUCAGCAACUUCUCUGCUCAGACCGCCGAGGUGGAAAUCCCCGGAGAGUUCCUGAUGCCCAAACCGACGCACUACUACAUCAAGAUCGCCAGGUUCAUGCCCCGCGUGGAAAUCGUCCAGAAGCACAACACGGCCGCGCGCCGCCUCUACAUCCGCGGCCACAACGGGAAGAUCUACCCGUACCUGGUGAUGAACGACGCCUGCCUGACCGAGUCGCGCCGCGAGGAGAGGGUGCUGCAGCUGCUGCGGCUGCUCAACCCCUGCCUGGAGAAGAGGAAGGAGACCACCAAGAGGCACCUCUUCUUCACCGUUCCGCGCGUGGUUGCGGUUUCGCCUCAGAUGCGUCUGGUGGAGGACAACCCGUCCUCGCUGUCGCUGGUGGAGAUCUACAAGCAGCGCUGCGCCAAGAAGGGCAUCGAGCACGACAACCCCAUCUCACGCUACUAUGACCGCCUGGCCACCGUGCAGGCCAGAGGGACGCAGGCCAGCCACCAGGUGCUGAGGGACAUCCUGAAGGAGGUGCAGGGCAACAUGGUUCCCCGCAGCAUGCUGAAGGAGUGGGCCCUGCACACCUUCCCCAACGCCACCGACUACUGGACCUUCCGCAAGAUGUUCACCAUCCAGCUGGCGCUGAUCGGCCUGGCCGAGUUCAUGCUGCACCUGAACCGCCUCAACCCGGAGAUGCUGCAGAUCGCCCAGGUAAGCCGCUGCGGCGCCGUCUGGGAGGCCGUUCUGACCCGUCUCUCUGCUCUGUCCCAGGUGGACGGCGUCCUGAAGGCGGUGCUUCGGGACGAGAUCAUAGCGUGGCACAAGAAGACCCAGGAGGACACGUCGGUCCCGCUGUCCCCGGCCGGCCAGCCGGAGAACAUGGACUCGCAGCAGCUGGUGUCGCUGGUCCAGAAGGCGGUCACCGCCAUCAUGACCCGCCUCCACAACCUGGCCCAGUUCGAGGGCGGGGAGAGCAAGGUCAACACGCUGGUGGCUGCAGCCAACAGCCUGGACAACCUGUGUCGCAUGGACCCGGCGUGGCACCCCUGGCUCUGAGACCGGGACCGGGUCGGUUCUGAUAGGGACGGGUCCCUGGAGCUGAAGCUCGGCCUGCCUUUUUAAUUUCAGACUGGAGUUGAUCAGGUCAGAACCGCAGGUCCAUUGGGUCCCCUGGUUCUGUCUGCCUCUGGAUCCCAGGCAGAACCAACCAGAACCACUGCAGGAAAUUCCUCUGUUUUUAUGUCCAUCAAGGAGUCAAAUCUUGUAAAAUGUGUAUUUUUACUUCCUGUUGAAUGAGGAAUAUUUUGGGGUCAAAGGUCACCGGAGCCGACUCUUCGUCUCCAGCUGCUCGUUUCUUUGGUCUCCUGUACAGAAGCAACUUGUUGGAAUAAAAUCCAUUUUUAUCAUUAA